CCUUGAAAGCUGCCACCUGUGCAUUCUGGGAGCUCAGAGGGGGACCUUGAGGGAGAGUGAGGACCAGGGAUGAAACUAUCUUCAGGUAGACUCAGGAAGAAGCCUGGAUCUCACUUCCAGAUACAGCCUAGAGCUCACAGGUCAGAGGCCUCAACGGGGGAAUAAAAUCCCAAGGAAAUAGGGUGUAGAAGGAAGAGUUAGGGAGCUGGUAGAUGUGUGACCAGGAGCAAAUCUCAACCUCUUUGGUAGUCCCAUUUCUUUAGUCCUGAUGGGGGUUACAUCAGAGCAUGGAUGUCAGAGUGCUUGAGAAACGGGGACAGCCCUAAACUUACCACAAAUUAUCAUCUCCCCUGAACCAAGAAAGGAAACAUAUGAGGCAGGAUUAGAAACCCCAUCUUCCUGCACCCAGCUUGCUGGGCUCUGUCUAGGCUUGACAGCCAGAUGGCUGAAGCCAUCCUUACUCCUGGAAGGACACUGAAAAAGGAUCUCAUUUGAGAAUCUGGGGCAGAUUCCUAACAUGGGCACUCCUGCAAUGCAGCCCUGAACAGCAGGGGGCAGCCUGGAGUGGGAAAGGCGCCUGUACAGGUGGGGCCCACGCCCAGAUUUCUCCUGCUGAGUGUCUUGAUGACUCACCCCCACAUCCCAACCCUUUUACCUUUAAGGAAGAGCCGGAAAGGGUGUGGGAAGAGAAGGAGGCAGGUCCUGGGCCUCAGUCCCGCCUUUGCCCCUCCCCACCCUUCUCAGGGCCAUGCCACCCAGCCAAAAGGCAGACCCAGAGCAGGAGAGGCACAGAAUCCUGCAUCGGUCCAGGCAGCCAGCUAGUCCGCCGCCCAUCUGUCCCCAGAGCCAUGGAGCGAGCCAGUCUGAUCCAGAAGGCCAAGUUGGCAGAGCAGGCCGAACGCUAUGAGGACAUGGCAGCCUUCAUGAAGGGCGCUGUGGAAAAGGGCGAGGAGCUGUCCUGUGAGGAGCGAAACCUGCUCUCGGUGGCCUACAAGAACGUGGUGGGUGGCCAGAGGGCUGCCUGGAGAGUCCUGUCCAGCAUCGAGCAGAAGAGCAAUGAGGAGGGCUCGGAAGAGAAGGGCCCCGAGGUGCGAGAGUACCGGGAGAAGGUGGAGACUGAGCUGCGGGGUGUGUGCGACACGGUGCUGGGCCUGCUGGACUCCCACCUCAUCAGGGAGGCCGGGGAGGCCGAGAGCCGGGUCUUCUACCUGAAGAUGAAGGGUGACUACUACCGCUACCUGGCAGAGGUAGCCACUGGCGACGACAAGAAACGCAUCAUCGACUCUGCCCGAUCAGCCUACCAGGAGGCCAUGGACAUCAGCAAGAAGGAGAUGCCGCCCACCAACCCCAUUCGCCUGGGCCUGGCUCUGAACUUUUCCGUCUUCCACUAUGAGAUUGCCAACAGUCCUGAGGAGGCCAUCGCCCUGGCCAAGACCACUUUCGACGAGGCCAUGGCUGACCUGCACACCCUCAGCGAGGACUCCUACAAGGACAGCACUCUCAUCAUGCAGCUGCUUCGAGACAACCUGACGCUGUGGACAGCCGACAAUGCCGGGGAAGAGGGCGGUGAGGCUCCCGAGGAGCCCCAGAGCUGAGCCGGCCUGCCACCCUCCUGCCCCACCCUGCCCUCCAGUCCCCAGCCUGUAGAGAGGACUAGUAUGGGAUGGGACCUGGCCCUGCCCAAGACCCUUCCCUAAAAGCGUUGCCACAGCUCACAACGGCUCCUGGGAGGCAGAGCGACCAGCUGAGGCUUACCAGGCCAGGAUCCCACCGUCCCAUCCAUACAGCAGUUGGAUGUUCCUAACUGCUGGUCAUCCUGCCCGACUCUGCUCGCUGCAGCC